AACCAAACCCCAAGAAUUAUGAGUCUAUUAUCAAUAAUCAAGAUAUAAUUAUUUAGAUAAAAACUUCCAUAUAAUUUGAAACGGAUACGCUAUCAGACAAAAAUCUCGUCUUUGUGCUAUUUGCUUUCACUUGAGAAGUGAUCACAAUGUCGGGGUAUCGAAGAAGACCCCCAAUUCCUACAGAUAGCUUUCGUGACCAAAGUAUUCCCAAACCAAUCGGCGGAUUAAAAGCUGCAUUUGAAAGGCGAACUCCCACAAUAAUAGGACCAGAAAUUUCCAUACAAAGUAAUAAUCACAGUAAUGGCAAUAGUGAGCAGCAUUAUAAAAUUGAAGAGCAGCUACAACCCUCGACUUCUGAAGGUUUUAGAAAUGAUUCUUAUGAACUGUCUGAGGAUAAUGGCACUCAAUAUUCAACAAGGAUUCAUUCAAUUCAUAGACUGAAAACUCUGGACCAACCUGGUAGUAAAUUGAAGCAACUUUAUGAAGCUAGAACUGGCGGAGCAGCUAGAACUAGCACUCAUCAAAACAACCAAUCAGGCUUAAUGUUGGAAAGACAUGCAGAUUUAAUUGUUUCCAAAAUGGAACAGGAUGAAGCUCUAAUGGAAGACUCUCCGACCUCUGAACAACUCAGAAGAAUUGCUCUAAGAGACAUGCCCCAAAGUCUUACCAUCAAGAGAAGUGUGAAAGUGAAAUUAUCCAUUUCUGUUAGCCAAAAAUCAAAGAGAAAACCAUUGGGUUGUUACAAAAUGUUGAAAUAUCGCUGGGGCAUGGGUUUUGAAAAGUUUAAAUCAAAUAUCAAAGAUUUAAUGCAUUCCUUUGAGCUUUGGUAUGGAUUGCUGAAACGAAUUGAAGGAAACUUUGGAACCGGGGUGGCCUCAUUUUUUAAAAUAUUAAGAGUGUUGUUUUUGGUGAAUUUUGUAAUUGCUCUUAUUUCUUUGACAUUCAUUGUAGCCCCAAAAGUAUUUACUGGAGUGAGCAACCCUGAAAAAUUCACCUGGUCCAAUUUGGAAGAUGUAUUUACUGGUCAGGGAUACUUGCGCAAUACAAUUCUGUAUUAUGGUUUUUACACAAACGAAAGAAUACCCACGUUUUCAACAUUGACCUACAGCAUGAGCCAUGCAUAUUUUUUUACUAUGGCGGUGAUUUAUUUGAUUUCAUUUGUCUUUUUUGGUGUUAGCGCGGCAAAAGCGUAUAGGAGAAGUUUUAUUGAAACCGAAGGAGGUUUAAAAAACGUUUACGCAAAUAAAAUUUUCUGCGGUUGGGAUUACAAUAUUGCGACGGCUGAUGCAGCAAAAUUGAAAUCGCGGGCAAUUUUUAACGAAUUACGGGAACUCUUGUCCGAGUUUGCUUUCACUAGGAACAAGGAAUCUUGCUACUCAAGGUUCUUAACGCGAACCACUCAAUUUUUUUCGCAUAUUUUGGUAAUUGGAUUGUUAGGCGCAUUCGGAUAUUUCACUUGGAUGUUGCUAGAAAAGGUAUCUGAUGAUGAAAAACAGCUCAUUGUUAUCAUUAUCCCGAUUUUUGUGAAUCUUGUAAUGACGUUCUUGCCUAUGGUCUUUAGCGUGAUUGUAAGAUAUGAAGGUUACAAAAGCCCCAAGAUAAUGUUAAAUUUAACAUUAACUAGAACGUUUAUAUUAGCUGCAGUAAUGGUUGGCGUAUUAGUCAGCUUUUGGCUUCAAAAACCUUUAAAUGAAUGUUGGGAGACCUCCCUGGGUGAAGAGAUUUAUAGAAUAAUUAUAUUUGAUUUCAUUGUGUCUGUAGUAUGCGCCGCCCUUUUUGACAUCUUGUUAUUUGGAAUAUAUAAAUUAACUCGCUCGCAUUAUUUAGAAUUUGACAUAGCCAGAAACACUAUGCAGAUAAUCUACAACCAAACUCUUUUCUGGGUGGGACUUUUAUUCUCACCAUUGUUGCCCGUUGUGGUAGUGAUAAAAUUGUUCUUGACUUGGUAUAUUAGAGUGUCGGUUGUGUUGUUCUUGUGCAAAGCUUCCUCGAAGUCGUGGAGGGCCGCACAGACCUCGACUUGGUUCCUCGUUAUGACGUUUUUGAGUUUGCUAUUCGUCGGAUCCUUAAUUGGAUUUAUAAUAUCGUCGAUUAAAGUUUCACCAAACUGCGGCCCAUUUACCAACUACCAGUAUAUGUACGAAAUUGUUACAUUGGGCGUUCUCAAACUGAAGGAAAAUAGUACCAUUUGGAAUAUUAUUUUGUAUUUUACCAAACCUGGCGUUAUUGCGUUGAUUCUUAUUGGACUAUGCUCCAAAGUGUACUAUGUGAGGGCCAAAGCUCAAGCCCAGAAAGAAAUCGUCGCCCAAUGUAGGAACAUGCUAAUUUGGUCUGCAAAAGAUAAAGAGUUUUGGAUUAACCGCAUUUCUUUGCUCACAAAUGGUCAGUGGCAAUACAAAUUAAAUCAAGCUGAAGCGGUUGAUCCUCAAUUGAGGAGACCAGAUCUUAAAAAAAAAACAGGUACAGCUGCGGAUGAUUUGCACGGAAUUUAACGCGCUGACAAAUUUAAGAAGUAAGCCAAACUUGCCUUGUGUCAAUUGUAACUAACAGUAUUUUAUGAAGUGUUCACUGACUUUCCGUAGGGACAUCGCAGCGUUUGUUGCCUCGAUCUGGCAUUCAAAACGGCUGUGUUAUAUUU